UGAAGAAGAGGCUAGAAUGGAGUGUGAUCUUAGUGAUGCAGAUUCUGAGGACUUAGAUUAUGUUGCUAGUGAGGAAGAUAAUGACGAAGUUAGUGAUGAUGAUGAAGUUAGUGAUGAUGCUAGUUGGAUGUAUGAGGAUUUAGAAGGUCCAGAUGAUGACAUUUUUGAAGUUAAUUCCCAUAGGAGGGUACCUGAACAACCUCAACCACAACCAACCAAUGCAGAUGUUAAUACUGAUGAGAAAUGGUACUCUGACCCAGAGGAUGAAGAAAAUCUUAGUCUAAAGGGAUCAUCAGAUGAAGAGGGGGAUGGACACCCAGAAUUCAAAGAGAAGAUCCACAUGGCCAACCCUAUAUUGGUAGAAGGAAUGAAGUUUACUGGAGCAAGACAAUUUAGGGAGUUUCUUAAAGAGUGGAAUGUGGUCAAUGGGUAUGACAUAGAGUACAAGAAAAAUGAAUCUACUAGGAUUACAGCUGUUUGUAGGUAUGGCUGCACUUGGAGGAUUCAUGCUUCUCCUAUAAUGAGGACCACAACUUUCCAAAUAAAGUCAAUAACAGGGGAACAUGAGUGUGGAAGGCAGUAUGAUAAUAGGCAGGCCAAUUCCAGCUACAUAGGGAAGAAGUUGUUGGAUGAAAUCAAGGACAACCCUGCCAUUAACAUAACUAGUUUGAAGAACAAGAUAAGGAGGAAGAUUAUGGUGGAUGCUAGUAGGUACCAAGUUUACAGGGCAAAGAGGAAAGCAACAGAACUGAUUGCUGGUGAUAUCAAAGAACAAUACCUAAGGAUUUGGGAUUAUGCUGAGACAGUUAGGAAACACAACCCAGGGAGCCAUAUCAUUAUCAAAACUGAUCCAGAUACAGUUGAACCUACCUUACAGAGGAUGUAUUUCAGAGUGUCAGCAAUGAAAGAUGGAUUCUUGGCAGGGUGUAGACCUAUCAUAGGACUUGAUGGAUGUCACUUGAAAGGUAUUUAUGGAGGGCAGUUGUUGACUGCUGUUGGGAGAGAUGGGAAUGAUAACAUGUUCCCUAUUGCUGUGGCAUUGGUGGAGCUUGAAUCAAAGGAUUCUUGGACGUGGUUUCUACAGGUUUUGCAAGAGGACAUUGGCAGUUAUGAAGAGAUGGGUUGGACAUUUAUUUCAGAUAGACAGAAGGGAUUGAUUGAGACAUUUAAUGAGCUGUUGCCAGGGUGUGAUCACAGGUAUUGUCUUAGGCAUAUGUAUAGCAACUUUAAGGUGAAAUUUCCUGGUGCUUUUUUGAAGGAUUUAUUCUGGAAAGCAGCCUCCACAUGCAGUGUAAGUGGGUUCAAUUAUUGGAUGAAAACAAUUGAAGAAGCUGACCCCAAGUUAGAUGAAAGGAGGCAGACAGCUGUAGAGUGGUUAAGGGCUAUUACCCCUUCACUGUGGGCAAGGUCUCACUUCAGUACAAGAAGCAAAUGUGAUGUGGUAGUUAACAACAUAUCUGAGUCUUUCAAUUCUUACAUCUUGGAGGCCAGGGAACUGCCAAUUAUCUCAAUGUUUGAAUGGAUCAGGAAGAGAGUGAUGCAAAGAAUUCAGGUUAAAAAGGCUGGGAUGCAGAAAUAUUUUGGUCAUUUAUGUCCUAAUAUACAUGAAAAGAUAGAGAAGUUGAAGGUAGAGAGCAGGAUCUGUGUUGCAGCUUGGUGUGGUGAGUUAGAGUUUGAGGUUGAUUACUAUGACAGGACUUAUAUAGUGGAUUUGAGAACCAAAAUUUGCAGUUGCUGCAGAUGGCAACUAACAGGUAUACCAUGCUGCCAUGCUAUUGCAGCCAUUCAGAAGAACAAAGAACAUGUGGAGACUUACGUCCAUCCUUAUUUCACGAAGUCUGGGUACCUCGCUGCAUAUUCCUACAUGAUCCACCCAGUUCCAGAUAUGCUUGACUUUGUAGAAACAGGUUUUCAACCUCUAAACCCACCAAAUUCUAAAAGGGGAAGUGGUAGAUCCAAGAAACUGAGAAGAAGGACUACAGAUGAACCUAGAGAUCCAAACAAAGUUACAAGAAGAGGGUUGAAUGUUACAUGUGCCAAAUGUAUGCAAGUUGGGCACAACAAAAGAUCAUGCAAGAACAGGAUCCAUCCUAAGUCCAAGUUAGUCAAGAAUGGUCAGACAUCCAAUGCAACAUCUCAACCAAUGGGAACACAUACUGAUGUACCUCCCAUAAUAGGCACAAGAACUAGAGCUGGAAGAGGAGCAAAUGGAAGGGGAAUGACAACUUCAAUUGGAAGGGGAGCAACUGGAAGGGGUGUCACAACUGUUGGAACUGGAAGGGGAAGGGCAAGGGGGGCUGGAUCUUCACAACCUCCAAUUGGUUCAUCAUCACAACCAGUUGGAAGAAGUACCGGAAGAGGUGGCAAAGCUUCAUCAUCAGGACCAGUUGGAGGACCUUCUUUGGCAACAGUGCUUCAGAACAUAAGGGCAAAAAAGCAAGCUACAGUCACUGGGAUGUAGUGGCUUAGGGCUUUACUAUGUGUUUGUGUUUUUUUUUGGGUUUCUGAUACUUAUGGUAACUGUUAAGUAAUGUUGGUUGCUGCUAUGCAAUCUUUUUGACAUUGGUGGUGUAGUUGCCAAUGGUUAAUUAUGUUGAAACUGAAUUAUGUGGCUGCUAUGCAGUCUUUUUGACAUUAGGAUUGUUUGUGUGCUUGCUCGGCAGGCUGCUACUUCAUUAGGAACUGUUUGUGUGCCUGCUCUGCAGUCUUUUUGGUAUUAGGAACUGUGAACUAAUGUUGGUUGCUGCUAUGCAGUCUUUUUGGCAAUGGAAUUCCAGUUAUUAUUGGCAAUGGAAUGUCUAUUUGCAAUGGAACAGCUAAGCGUAUUAUUUUAUUAAGU